AAAACCAAAAGGAGUGCCUUUGGAGAAAUAAAGAAUAGUGUACCUCUUUUGUCAGAUGUGUGCUUUGGAAUCAAGCAUCUCAUGCGGCUCUGCAACAUGACCAUGUACAAAGCUCUCUCUCUCUCUCAAUCCCACAUGCGCUUUAAACCUUUGGAAAGAGACCCAUACAACACUACACAAUAAGCCAAAGGUAGUUUUCAAACAUCCCCCACGUGAUGCCAAUUCACCCACCACUAAAAAAAACACAUUGCCACAACCCAAGAAAUAUUCUUGGCAUCUCAGGAUCCAACCAUUGGCUCGGAAACCAUUAAUGUGCCUCUCGGGUCUCACACUCUUACUAAACACCAAAACUUGCUACUGCUUUCCUGCCUCUGCAACUCUGCUUUCUAUCCUCUCAACUCUUUGGCUUCUUCCAGGCCUACUUAGGAUAGCGGAAAUUUAGUGAUGAAAUGAAGUAAAGGAGCAGCAACAUCACACCUUCCUACGUUCAAUCUCAUGCAUUACACAGACAUGUUGAACGAUCAUAAAUUAAAUGCUCAAAGAAUCCUUCCCUCAAUUAUUAAUUUCCAUUUCAUGAAACAAAGCGGAAAAAGGUUUAUCUUGAACACACCUUGCUCCAGGGAGAUUCUUCUUAUUGUCCUUCAGCUAGCAUUCCUCGGCAGCUUCAUAUUGCAGUUUUUAUGGCAAAGAAUCAGUCUCUUAUGUCCACAGAGAGCUCAAAUUGCAGAGAAACGGCAACACAAGUAUAUUGACAGAGCACCUACUAAUUUUUCUUUGGACUUUGGAAUUGCAUUGAAAGCUAGCCUUGGGUGUAGUUCUUUACUAUCAGCAAGUCACCUAUUGCUACUAGUGUUGCUCCUGCUAAAAGGUCACUAUGAGAGCUGCUCAUCUCUGUCGUUCAGUAUCUCCUCAGAGAUAAUUCAAGUCCUGACAUGGAUUGUAAUAUCUGUGCUACUUUUCCGAACAUGGAAAGAAAGACUCAUUGAUAUUCCCUGGACUCUGAGGGCAGGGAGCAUUUUCUGCUUCUUCCAAUCAGCUCUCUGCGCCUCUCUUGAUAUUUACUACAUCAUACAACACCAGGGACCUCCGAGAAAAGAGCACUAUGUUGAUUUUCUGAGUUUUCCUAUAUGUACAUACCUAUUCCUAUUCUCUAUCAGAGGUAGAACAGGUAUCAGCACCACUCAAAGCAGCAUUACUGACCCACUUCUGGAUAGCUUAACAACAGAGCAUGAAGAUGGGAAAAGAGUACCUUCCAGUUAUGGAAAAGCCACUCUCCUCCAGCUCAUUACUUUCUCUUGGCUCAAUCCACUGUUUGCUGUGGGCUACAAGAAACCCCUUGAACUUGAUGAUGUGCCAGAUGUUGAUGUCCAAAACUCUGCCGAAUACGUCUCUCAACUGUUACAGGAACAUCUGAAUAAGCUCAGGGAGAAAAAUGGCUCCCAAAACCCAUCUAUCUACAAAGCAAUUUACCUCUUCAGUAGAAACAAAGCUACCAGUAAUGCUGUCUUUGCAGUUAUUAACGCAGGCACAUCAUACAUAGGGCCUUACCUGAUAGAUGAUUUCGUAAAAUUUUUGAGUGGGAAAAAGAACCAGAAUAUGACUAGUGGCUACUUUCUGGCUCUUGGUUUUUUUGGAGCAAAAGUAGUCGAAACAGUCACUCAGAGGCAAUGGAUUUUCGGGGCAAGACAGCUAGGUUUGCGGUUGAGAGCAGCUCUUAUAUCACAUAUAUACAAGAAGGGGUUGAGGCUAUCAAGCCAGUCCCGUCAAAGCCAUAGCAGUGGAGAGAUUAUUAACUAUAUUAGUGUAGAUAUUCAGAGAAUCUCAGACUUCAUCUGGUACUCAAACAUAAUAUGGAUGUUGCCGAUACAGAUCUUCCUUGCCAUGUACAUUCUCUACACAAACUUGGGAUUCGGAUCAUUAGCAGGAUUUGCAGCAACAUUUCUAGUUAUGAUAUGCAACCUCCCAAUAACUCGGAUUCAAAAAUAUUUCCAAUCUAAUAUAAUGCAAGCUAAGGAUGACCGAAUGAAAACAACAUCAGAGGUUCUCAGGAACAUGAGGACUCUUAAGCUCCAUGCAUGGGACACCCAAUAUCUUCAAAAGCUCGAAGAGUUAAGAAAGACAGAGUACAAUUGGCUAAAAAAAUCGCUGCUCCUGUCUGCAACAUCAUCAUUUAUCUUUUGGGGUGCCCCGACAUUCAUAUCAGUAGUGACCUUUGGAGCAUGCCUACUAUUGGGGAUCCCUCUUACUGCUGGGAAAGUUCUAACUGCGUUGGCAACAUUCAGAAUGCUACAGGAUCCCAUUUAUAACCUCCCGGACCUGCUCUCAAUAAUCGCACAGGCUAAAGUAUCAGCUGAUAGAAUUGCCCAUUACCUUCAAGAAGAUGAAGUUCAAGCAGAUGCAAUUGAGGUAGUACCAAGAAGUGAAUCAGGGUCCGAUAUCGAGAUUGAUGGGGGGGAUUUCAGUUGGGACCCAAAUUCAAAGACCCCAACUCUCAGUGGAAUACAGUUGCAAGUGAAGAGGGGGAUGAGGGUGGCUGUUUGUGGCACCGUGGGAUCAGGCAAAUCAAGUUUGCUUUCUAGCAUAUUAGGAGAAAUGCCAAAAUUAGCUGGGAGAGUGAGGGUCAAUGGUACCAAAGCUUAUGUUCCUCAGACUCCAUGGAUCCUUUCAGGUAAUGUCCGAGAGAACAUUCUGUUCGGAAGAGGGUAUGACACGGCCAAGUAUGAGGAGACAAUUCAAGCAUGUGCCUUGGUGAAGGAUUUUGAGCUCUUCUCCAAUGGGGACUUGACAGAGAUUGGGGAAAGAGGAAUCAAUAUGAGUGGAGGCCAGAAACAAAGGAUACAAAUCGCACGUGCAAUUUACCAGGAUGCAGAUAUUUACAUUCUAGAUGACCCAUUUAGUGCCGUGGAUGCCCACACUGGCACUCAGCUUUUCGAGGAGUGCCUAAUGAAGAUUCUCAAAGACAAGACACUUAUUUACGUAACCCAUCAAGUUGAGUUUCUUCCAGCAGCAGACCUCAUACUGGUUAUGCAAGAUGGAAGAAUUGCACAAGCUGGAAAGUUUGACGAGCUUUUAGAACAGAAAAUUGGGUUUGAACUUUUAGUUGGUGCUCACCACCAAGCACUGGAAUCCAUCACCACAGCAGGAGCAUCAACUAAAACCACUCACAAAAGUGACAGACAGAUAAAUGGGUAUUCUAACAAGAAAGAAGUUGAAACAGAGGCUGAGACACAAACUCCAGUGCUUCAAAAUGGUAUUAAGCACACUUCCACUGCACCCAAACCAAAUUCUCAUCUUGAUUUUGCAAGUAAAGAGGGCAGAUUAGUGCAGGAUGAGGAGAGAGAAAAAGGAAGUGUUAGUAGACAAGUUUAUUGGUCUUACUUGACCGCAGUUUGGGGAGGACGCUUGGUCCCAAUCAUCCUAUUUUCACAGACACUCUUCCAAGUUCUACAGAUAGGGAGUAACUAUUGGAUGGCAUGGGCAUCUCCUCCCACAAUUGACACUCGGCCAACAGUUCAAACCAGCAUUCUCUUUUUGGUUUAUAUACUCCUUUCCGUAGGAAGCUCUCUCUGUGUUUUGGUUAGAGCAAUGUUGGUUGCUAUUGCAGGCCUUCUAACAUCACAAAAGUUCUUCACAAACAUGCUCCAUAGUGUCCUCCAUGCUCCGAUGUCCUUCUUAGAUGCAACCCCAACAGGAAGGAUCUUAAAUAGGGCCUCUACAGACCAAAGUGUCCUGGACUUGGAAAUGGCAAUGAAAUUAGGAUGGUGUGCUUUUUCCAUAAUUCAAAUCAUAGGAACAAUUGCAGUCAUGUCGCAGGUAGCAUGGCAAGUGUUCGCUCUGUUUAUUCCAAUUACAGCAACCUGCAUAUGGUAUCAACAAUACUACACCCCUACUGCAAGAGAGCUUGCUCGAUUAGCAGGCAUUCAGCAAGCACCAAUCCUCCACCAUUUUGCAGAAUCACUAACUGGGGCAGCCACCAUCCGAGCUUUUGGCCACGAUAGUCGUUUUGCGAAUACCAAUCUCAUUCUUAUCAAUGAUUUUUCUAGGCCAUGGUUUUAUAAUGUUUCUGCAAUGGAGUGGCUUUCCUUUAGACUGAACAUACUAUCCAAUAUUGUGUUUGCAUUCUCAUUGGUUUUGCUAGUGAGCCUCCCGGAGGGCGUGAUAAAUCCAAGCAUCGCAGGAUUGGCAGUGACAUAUGGAUUGAAUCUCAACGUACUGCAAGCUUCUGUGAUCUGGAAUAUAUGCAAUGCAGAAAAUAAGAUGAUCUCAGUGGAACGGAUGCUUCAAUACUCAAAUAUUGCAAGUGAAGCUCCUUUGGUUAUUGAACAUUGCAGACCCCCAUACAAUUGGCCUUCCAAGGGAACCAUAAGCUUCAAAAGUUUGCAGGUACGAUAUUCUGAGCAUCUGCCAUCUGUUCUGAAAAACAUUACAUGUACAUUUCCCGGAAAGAAAAAGGUUGGUGUUGUGGGGAGGACAGGAAGCGGGAAAUCAACCCUUGUCCAGGCCCUAUUCCGCUUAGUGGAGCCAAAAGAAGGAAGCAUCAUCAUUGAUGGUAUAAACAUUGGUAUAAUAGGCCUCCAUGAUCUGAGAACCAGAUUGAGUAUCAUUCCUCAAGAUCCAACGAUGUUCCAGGGGACUGUGAGAGGAAAUCUUGAUCCAUUGGAAAAAUACUCAGAUGCAAAAAUAUGGGAGGCAUUAGACAAAUGUCAGCUUGGAGAUAUCAUUCGUGGAAAGGAUGAAAAAUUAUACUCACCAGUGGUUGAAAAUGGAGAAAAUUGGAGCGUUGGCCAGCGGCAACUUGUCUGUCUUGGAAGAGCCCUACUGAAGAGAAAUACCAUUCUUGUCCUUGAUGAAGCAACUGCCUCAGUUGAUUCAGCAACCGACAGCAUUAUUCAAGAGAUCAUUAGACAAGAGUUCAAAGAAUGCACCGUAGUCACUAUAGCACAUCGAAUUCAUACCGUUAUAGACAGUGAUCUGGUUCUAGUUCUCAGUGAAGGAAAUAUUUUGGAAUAUGAUUCUCCUGUUAAACUACUGGAACGAAAAGAGUCUGCCUUUUCAAAGCUUAUAGAAGAAUAUUCUUUGAGAUCAAAGAGCUUCAAAGGUCAGUGAAGUCAAGACUAAUACAAGAAACACAAGUUAAGCAGAGCAUGCACAAGACUUCAACUAGAGUUUGGGCUGCUAAUAAAUGACCAAAGUGAGGAAAAUUGAAGUCUCUGAGGAAAAGGGAAAGCACCAUCAAGCUUUUGAAGUUCCCCAUAAGACCAACAGAUCAACAGCUAGGUACAUUAUGAGCAGCCAAGCAUAUUUUGUGCAACCUUGCCUGCGAGCUAGGCUGUGGACACAAUGCAUCUCACAAUAAAGAAAAGGAAAAAACCUCACUGAGAACUCUCUCCCUUGCUAGGUCCAUAUCCAUAUGAGUAAUGAGACAAGUUCCAAUGAUAAUUAUAUGGGUUUCUUCCACUUUCCCAUGAAAUCAUGAUAAAUUUGUGUUUUGGUGAUUA